CAGUAUAAUCAAGAAAAAAGAUUAAUUCACUAAAUAUUAAUUUUUUACACAGUAAAAAUAUAAAUAAUAUUCAUAGAAUUUCAUUAAUACUUCUUAUUGACAUUUUUUCUAUUAUGUUUACUAUUCACUUUCUCGAUUUAUUAAAAAAUAAAUAAUUUAAUUAAAUGUACUUUUUUAUGUAAUUAAUAAUUGUCUUGAAAAUAUUAAUGAGAAACACUAAAUAUUAAAUUAUGGCGAGUAAAAAUUUAAAGAACACAAAAGUGGAAUCUGAUUUAGCUGGAUGUCGAGAAGAAGGUAACUGGACAAAAAUAUUAGAACUUGCUGAACAGCUAUCUUCAAGUAAAGCUUUAUUGUACAACUUAAUGGUUGGUGAAGCAAAGUUAGAAAUGUUUUUAGAAGAGCAUCCACCAGUUGAAAGUAAUAUAUCUAAAGCUUGUACAGGUCUAAUUGAUGCUAAGUCACAUUUAACUGAUUCAAUUAAUGAACUGAAUACCCAAACUGGCAUGAAUAUAGAUGCUCAUAUGCUUCUUGCUAAACUUUGUUACGCAUGUGGUAAUUAUGAAGAAGCUAUGCAACAUUGCUCUGAAGCAAAAUUGAACUCUGUAAUACAAACUGAUUUACAAAUUCGCAAUAUAAGAAUUUUAGCAGAAUCUUUUGCAGUUAAAGGAUUAUGUCAAGAAAAAUUAAAACCAUCGACAAGCUCUCGUUUCAAAAAAACUGCAUGGGUCGACAGUGUCAUAAAAAACUAUGAGCAAGCUACUAAUUUAGGAAUUUUAUAUUUACAAGAACUGGAUAACAAAGAAAAUCAGCUUAUGUUGCCAUCACCAAUUGGUGGUACUGCUCCAUCAAUUAAUAAUACUAAUGUUAUUUCUACUACUGGAUCUCAUUCUCCACAACCCAUUAACAUGUCACAUACACUUAGUAUUUUAGUAGAGACUGUUAUUUUACGACUGCCAUUAUUACUUAUAGAAAAUUUAAAUUAUACUGGUGCCAUUUCUACAUUCAGGAGUAUAUUAUCAGCAUGUGAAGCACAUGGUACUCAUUCUAUUAGACUUGUUUUAACUUAUCAAUUCGCUGAAUUUCUUCUACGUAAAGUAUCUCCUAAGUAUUAUUCUCUCCCAACUCAAAAUACUCCAACCAAAAAACAUUUAAGUAAUGUUAGAAAAUCCAAAAAGUACAAUACUAUAAAUAUGUUUUUACCAAGAAGUGAACAUGAAGAAACAAUAUUAUUACUCAUUAUAAGUGAAGCUAUGGCUACUAGAAAUGCAGUUUUGAGUCAGUCACCUGAGUUUAAAGAUGCUAGGAUUAGAGCAUUCAAUUUAGCAACUGCUAUAUAUGAUUUACUUACAUUUGCAUUAGUUCUUUGGGGACAGUAUAAUAUGUUACAUGAAUCUUUUGAGCGUGCUAUGAAAUUUUCUGCUGAUGAUAGUCAUGUAUGGAUGCAACAAGCUUUAUGCCUUGAAGCUGCUGGACGCCAUAUUAGAGCUUUAGAAGUACUUAAAUGUGUUAUAAAUAUGCAACCAAAUGCUGCAACUCCUUGUUUGAUUGCUGCUAAAAUAUGUUAUCAAUACUUAUUCAAGAUGGAAGAAGGUUUAAAUUGGAGUCAAGAAGCAUUAAAGCGAGAGCAACGACAACCUCAAAAUUUGUUAUCAAGAUGCUAUUUGUACAUUGGAAUUGGAGCACAGUGUAUUGCUCUAACAUCUAUUUUAAAAUCUGUCAAAGAUAAAUAUCACACCAUUUGUUUAGAAUCCUUAUUGAAAGCUCAAUGUAUAGAUCCAAAUGAUCACUUAUCUUAUUAUUACUUGGCAUUUCAUUAUGCUUGUGUAGCUAAAAUAUCAGAGGCUACAAGUAAAGUACGUCAAGCUUUAAAAUUAAACUCUGAACACACACCAUCCUUACAAUUGGAAAUUUUAUUACUGAGUGCACAAAAAAAUAUGAAUGAAGCUAAAGCUCUCUUAAAAACUUCUUUGGACGAUUUUCCUGAUCACAUUGGCUUACUUUUUAUGAAGGCUAGAAUUGAACUAUAUACUGAAGAUUCAGAGGUUGCAUUAAUUACAGCAAAACAUAUGCUAUCCUUGUGUAAAGCUUCAGUAUGUAAUGAAGGUUCACCAUCAAUAGAACAUACUGACACUCGAAGUGUUUUUCAACUUUAUACUACUGAGCAUUCAGAUAAAGAUUCAAAUUCAUUGGGUCCUGCAAAAAUAGAACAAGCAUUAUCUGAAGUAGCAUCUUCUAUUAGUUCAUUGGUUCCACAAAGACCAGUAGCAAAUUCUGUUUGGUAUACCCAACAAAAUGUAUGGUUACUUUUAGCUGAAAUAUAUUUGUCACAAGAGCAAUUUGAUGCAGCCAAUAGUUGUUUAUUAGAAGCUGCCAGUAUUUUUCCACUAUCACAUCAUAUUAUGUUCAUGCGUGGACUAUUUCAUGAAAAAAGAAAUGAGUUUAAUGAAGCAAAACAAUGUUACCAAAAUGCAGUUACUGUUCACCCAGCUCAUUUAAAAAGUCUUCAACACUUGGGUUUAAUGUAUCAUUACUUGGGAAGUCAUAGGCUAGCUGAAAAAACAUUAAGAGAUGCUGCAAAAAUUAAUCCUUAUACUUCUGAAAUUUGGUAUAAUCUUGGAAAAGUAUUAGAAAGCUUAGGAGAAACUGAAAGUGCCACUGACAGUAUGACAACUGCAUUGCAAGUAGAAAUGAUUAGCCCUAUAAUGCAAUAUACUAGUAUUCCAUUACCAUUUGAUUAAUUACUAUAAAUCCAAAUGAAUAAUUGAAGCUAAACUUUUGAGUUAAUUUUUUGUUUUAGCUAUAAAAUAAUCAAAAGGAGAGGUUUACCAUAAUUUUCAUAAUUCCUAGUUCUUAUUGGUGAUCAGUAUUGGCUUUAUUGCAUACUAUUAGUACUAUAUUUCUUUUCUUAUGCACUUUUUUUAUGUGUAUUAAUA